GCAGAGAGCCCCGGCUGCGCCGCUCGGCUCGGCUCCGCUCGGCUCGGCUCCGCUCCGCUCCGCUCCGCUCCGCUCCGCUCCGCAGGGCUGCAGCGCGCUGCCCUCGCUAUGUCGGUGGCCGGGCUGAAGAAGCAGUUCCACAAAGCCACGCAGAAAGUGAGUGAAAAAGUAGGAGGUGCAGAAGGAACCAAGCUAGAUGAUGAUUUCAAAGAAAUGGAAAGGAAAGUGGAUGUUACCAGCAGGGCAGUUAUGGAAAUAAUGGCAAAGACAAUAGAGUAUCUUCAGCCAAAUCCAGCUUCCAGAGCUAAACUCAGCAUGAUCAACACUAUGUCAAAAAUUCGAGGCCAGGAAAAGGGACCAGGCUACCCUCAAGCAGAAGCCUUGCUGGCAGAUGCGAUGCUGAAAUUUGGCCGAGAACUUGGUGAAGAAUGCAACUUUGGACCAGCACUUGUUGAUGUAGGAGAAGCUAUGAAGGAGCUUUCUGAAGUCAAGGACUCUUUAGAUAUGGAAGUAAAGCAAAACUUCAUUGACCCACUUCAGAAUCUCCAUGACAAAGAUCUGAGAGAAAUACAGCAUCACCUGAAGAAAAUGGAGGGUCGACGCCUGGAUUUUGAUUACAAGAAGAAAAGACAGGGCAAGCUCCCUGAUGAAGAACUUCGCCAAGCUCUGGAGAAAUUUGAUGAAUCAAAAGAAAUUGCUGAGUCAAGCAUGUUCAACCUUCUGGAGAUGGAUAUUGAACAAGUGAGCCAGCUUUCUGCUCUUGUGCAAGCCCAGCUGGAGUACCACAAGCAGGCCACACAGAUCCUACAGCGAGUUACUUCUAAGCUGGAAGAUAGAAUAAAAGAGGCAUCAUCUCAGCCCAGGCGAGAAUACCAGCCCAAACCCCGUAUGAGCCUGGAUUUCUCGACUGGUGACAAUACACAGCACAAUGGAGGAAUAUCCCAUGCCACCACACCCAAACCAUCAGGUGUUCACAUGGAUCAGCCAUGCUGCCGAGCUCUGUAUGACUUCGAACCAGAGAAUGAAGGGGAGCUGGGAUUUAAAGAGGGUGAUAUUAUUACCCUCACUAACCAGAUUGAUGAAAACUGGUAUGAGGGAAUGCUUCAUGGCCAGUCAGGUUUCUUCCCCAUCAAUUAUGUUGAUAUUCUGGUUCCAUUACCCAAUUAGGAAUGCUGAUCCACCACCUCUGACACAGAUAGUUGUGUCAGUACCACUGCUUUCAAAAUGCUGCUUCUUACACCUUACAAGUGCAAACUGCAGUGGUUAGAGUUAUCAAUUCCUAAUGAGCAUCUUCAGUUUACGUGUUGUCAUACUAUGUGGUGGUGAUGCGUUGUAUCUUCUGAGCCAGCAUAGCAUGGAUUAGUUUAUUGACUGUGCUGGCCUGGUAGUAACCAGAGCCAUUAGUGAGAUGAAAUGGGGAAGAUGAUGGCAAGCAAAGCAGAUAGCUCAUAGUGAAGUAGCAGGAAGUGAAGGUGGUGGGAAGAUAAUGCCUAUCACCACUGUAGUACCUUUUCAGUCUUAGUUCUCUAUAAGAAGAGGGAAAAGUUCUUGCCAUUCCAUCUUUCCCUUCCUAAUGAUACAGUUCACACAGGUCUAACAUUGACUAACCAGAAUUGUAUCUUCCAACCAAACUGGCUGGCUGUUCUCACAGAGAGAGCAUAAGUGUAGAUCCUCUGGUUUCUCAGAAAGUGAACCACUGUACUGUGUGUCCUGCUGCUCUCUGCUAAGUUUUAUAUUCUUAAUUAUUGUUAAAAGGCCUAUUUCCCUCCAGAGGUAAACUGUAAGCUGUCAAAUGGGGAUUCCUGUAGUAGAAAUGUUGGACCACAAACCACCUGAAUUUGCCCUUCAGGAACUUUUAGCAUGCUCACCAAAAUGCCAGUAAAUGGGCAAGAUGGGGAAUAAAACUGGCAUUUAUUUAAUGUUUCUUGUCAAGUCUUGGCACAAAACCUUGCUGCUUAAGCACCAGAUAUCCUUUGUAAACUCAUUCACUGAGGAAUACAGUAACCAACCAAACACAACCCUCAUUUCAUUUGUUUCUGUCUAUCAUGUGUUCUUUGAACAUCAUUUGUGCAUACCCUCUCCUCAAUGAGGACAAAAUAAAAUGUCAUUUUUCUGUUGAGCAAUGAAAGACAUGUGGCUGUAUAUGCAAAAACAUUUCCCAUCUGUUUAGUUGGUUCUCCUGUGUUCCUCCUUCCUGCACUUGGUGUGUACAGUGCUGUGCCUAGCUUCUUGGCAUUCUUUUGGUAACCGUUGCAGAAGUUCUGUUAGUUUAGUUAUCCAGAGUUCUAUUUAUCUAAAUUGUACAGACUCUAUCAGAGGUUUAAUGUGCUGCUUCGAAUGUGCCACUUCAAUACUGGAUGAUGUGAAAUGAAGACAAUUCCCUACUGCUUAACAUAUAAACUAUAUCAUGGAAAGUAUUGUUAUUUCAAAUAAAUGCUGAGAGAAUAACUAGAA